GAAUAAGCUGAGACUCGCGGCUGGUUGGCGAGCUGGUGACAAACACCCUGGAUUUAUCCCCCAAAACGCCGAACAAUUACCUGGCGGCCACUCGCGCCAGCGGCUCGAAUUCCUCCGCAACGUGUGUCCCGGUGAGUAACGGGAGCCUCUGCCGUUUCGGGGGGGAGAUCGGGAAGUGACCGAAUGAUGGGGACGGAGAGCACGGCUGGCCGCUAAGAGUGUUCGCGGAACGGGACCGAUGUUUUCCAAGCAGCGCAGCGGCUCGGACUCGGCCGCGCAGCCGCCGCGCCGAGAGAAUGGCAGCGGGAGCCAGAGAGACGGAGGGCGACGCAGAGGAGCUGUGCCCUAGAUCUGUGUAGCAUCUGAGUUGCUCCGGCGUUCGGGCUCCAUUCAAGCCGUCCCGGGCAGAAGUGUCCCGCUCCGCACCUGGAGAGACAAAGACAAUGCGUUCAGUGGCGGCGCGUCGCCGUGCGUAAACGGGGACUCAUCUGCGCUUCUUCGCGGUACUUCCCCCCCCCCCCACAAGUGUGCGACCAAUGAAACCGUGUUCGUUUCGACACUGACCCCGUGCCCUGGCCCGUGACCACACCGGCAUAGAUGCAUUAUCGACUUCCUCAUACUUCAUAUCUGCCAUGAGUGAUGGCGAUGCCUGCAGAGUCUGACAGUGCCGGCGCGCGGGGCAGCGCUCGCGAAAAGGGCUUUGGCGCGCUGGAUCGUAACGGUUAUGUGAAAGCAUGUGUCAUCCCACUGUGCCGUGACCGAGACUACGAGUCGUGGGUGAGGCUAAUGUGCACCAAAAUACGGAGUUCCCAGAGACUCCGGAGUGCGCUGUGCGUGGGGUCGCUCUCGGUCUUCCUCGCUCUGUUGGUCAAAUGUGCAGACUGGAGAGCUGAAGCCAGCAGCAGCAGCAGCAGCAGCAGCGCCAACAGACCCUCGCACUCAUCGUCUCCCCUUCACUUCGUUACAGGCUGGGCGGCGGAGCUGCUGCACACUUGCUGGAGUGUGCUCUCGCCGCUGCUCACCCUCGUGUGUGCCUUCUUUUGGGUCGGCGUGUACCUGCUCCGCCGCGGGGCUCUGGUCCACACCGCCCUCUCCCUGCUGACCGUGUGCCACCUGGGCGAAGCGGCGGCGCGCGCUCUCCUGGACGGGACGGAGGAGCAGCUGUUCUCAUCCGCCACAGCGGCCGCGGUCGCGCUCGUCUGCGUCGCCGCCGGCGCACUCAUGGUAGCGCGGCUGAACCGGGGCACGUCUGUGGUCGUCUUCAUCAGCGUGGUCAGGACUAUUUCGCUCUUCUCCCUGCACAAAGUGAGGGCCACUUGGAGACCGUACGUCGCAUACCUGGUCGGAGUGUUGGGCAUCCUGCUGGCGAGGUAUGCAGACAGGCUCCUUCCUAACCAAGGGAGACACAAGGAGGGCUGCACCCCCGUGACUGGAGCCAGGGAAGAGAUCCCUGUAUUUAAAAGGCGCAGGAGGUCCAGUUCUGUGAUAGCGUCAGACAUGGCACACAGUCAGUCCAACAGUAAGUCACAUCGCCGGACCUCUCUGCCAUGCAUCCAGAGGGACCAGAUGCUCCCCCGCUCCGAUUGGGACCACAAGAGAGGCUCCCGAGGAUCACAGUCAUCGGGCACCACCGUCAUGGUGGACAUAGCAGUGAUGGGAGAGGCCCAUGGACUAAUCACAGACCUGCUGGCCGACCCCUCCCUGCCCCCAAACACCUGCACCUCACUGCGCGCUGUCAGCAACCUGCUUACCACCCAGCUCACCUUCCAGCCGCUGCACCGGCCACGCCCUGCCCCCCUGCUUAACCCCAGCGACGCCUACAUAUGCUCGGACUCAGAGGAGGGGCCGGAGAAAGGAGAGAAGACGUCCAUCCACAAGCGUAUAAGGCGUAGUCUCCACCCUGGUCUUCUGAGGAGGAUCUCUUCCACGUGGACCACCACCACCUCGGCCACAGGCCUGCCCACCAUCGAGCCGGGCCCUGUCCGAAGGGAUCGCAGCGCCAGCAUCAAACCCUACCAUGAAACACUCACCUGCAGCUGUGGGAGACCAUACAUCAAACUGAGCCAUGGGGAGGGCUCUAUAGACAAGGGAGACAGGUCAGCAGAAGACCAAGUGGUGGUGUCAUCAGACUAUGACAGCACCCACGAAGCCAACCACAGUGACAGCAGUGAUGUAGCACAUACAGAGGAGGACACAGAGGAAGGAAAAUGUGGCCAGAAUGUCGUCCUCCACCCACUAAUACCUCCUGAGGACAAACCAAUUCUGGCCCCAGAGCCGUUACUAAUGGAGGACCUGGAGCCUCUGAUGUGUCAGUUAAACAAUUGGAACUUCCCCAUCUUCAGCCUGAUGGAGAAGACCAAUGGCAAAUGUGGGCGGAUCCUCAGUCAGGUCUCCUACAGGCUCUUUGAAGACACUGGCCUGUUCGAAACCUUUAAGAUCCCUGUAAAAGAAUUCAUGAACUACUUCCAUGCUCUUGAGAACGGUUACAGAGACAUACCAUAUCACAACAGGGUCCAUGCCACAGAUGUGCUUCAUGCAGUCUGGUACCUCACCACGCAGGCUGUGCCAGGUCUGCCCAGUCUUGUUACUGACCACGGCUCUGCCAGUGACUCAGACUCCGACAGCGGAAUAACACACAGUCAUAUGGGCUUCCUGGUUUCAAAGACCUACACUGUGUCAGAAGAUGGUUAUGGCUGCCUGUCAGGCCUCAUUCCCGCUCUGGAGCUUAUGGCCCUGUACGUGGCUGCUGCAAUGCACGACUACGACCACCCCGGGCGGACCAACGCGUUUCUUGUGGCCACCAGCGCCCCACAGGCAGUGCUCUACAAUGAUCGAUCCGUCCUGGAAAACCACCAUGCUGCCUCCGCCUGGAACCUCUUCAUGUCGCGGCCAGAGUUCAACUUCCUCGUCAACCUGGACCAUGUGGAGUUCAAGCGUUUUCGCUUCCUGGUCAUUGAGGCCAUACUGGCCACCGAUCUGAAGAAGCACUUUGACUUCCUGGCUGAGUUCAAUGCCAAGGUGGGCGAUGAUCCAUCCACAGGUAUCGACUGGUCCAAUGAGAACGACAGGCUGCUGGUCUGCCAGAUGUGCAUUAAACUGGCCGACAUCAAUGGACCCCUGAAGUGCAAGGACCUGCAUCUGCAGUGGACAGAGGGCAUUGUCAACGAAUUCUAUGAGCAGGGUGAUGAGGAGUCCAGCAUGGAUCUUCCCAUCAGCCCCUUCAUGGACAGAGGGGCACCGCAGCUGGCCAAACUCCAGGAAUCGUUCAUCACACACAUCGUGGGACCGUUGUGCAACUCCUACAACUCAGCCAGCCUCAUUCCUGGACGAUGGGUGGAACCCAACCCAGAGGCAGAGGAGCCGGAUAUGGAGAAUGAGGAGGAGGAGGAGGAUGAGGAUACUGCAGAAGAGGACACUUCCACCAGCUCAGAAGCAUCACAGAAAGAAUCUUCCAAGAAAAGGGGGAGAGUCUUCUGUCAGAUCACCCAGCACCUGCUGGAGAACCAUGAGAUGUGGAAGAAGGUGAUUGCAGAGGAGACCCAGAAACAAGGCCAAGGGGCGGAGUCGGUUCAUUUAAACAGUGUAGCUGAGCCUAUUCUGGCCAUUCACGAGGAAGAAGAGGAGCCCGGCAGCAGAGAAGAGCUGGUAGAAGGAGAGGAUCCGGAGGAGGAAGUGGAGGAACCAGAGUGGCCCGUGUCUCCGCAGGAAGAAUCUAAACCUCCAGAGGAACUGCAGGAGGGGGACCCACAGUGAAAAAGCCCAUGGGAAAUAUGGCGUCAGUCAGGGCAAGGACGUGAAAAAGUAUUUCUUUGUUUCAUAUCCUAUUAACUGACUCCUGUUUUUGCCAGCACAUCACUUAGACACAACACUGUAGAUGUUUGGGAAAUGUGUGCCUAUACAGAGAAAAACAGGGUGGGAAAAAUUUGUGCUUUACACAUUUUAUCUGAAUAUCCAAACAUUUAAAGGAGCUUUCCAUAUUGCAAUACGGGAAACGUUCGUGUACUUUGGGAUACAGACUCUUUUGCUACUGUCAAGAGAAGAGGAAGACUGGUUGCACAGACCUCAACCCAUUGUGGUAACACAGGACUGCAGACGUUUGCUGCAGUCCUAUAAAUAAUUAUUUUCAGAAUGCAAUUAUAUAUAGACAUCACAGUUACCUGUAGUUGUGUUUCAAUUUCAGCAAGUUUUUGAGGUCUCACGUGGGCCAUAAUAUGUUUUUUUUUCUAUGUAUGGAUUAUAAAGGGAGUCAAUCAAAUGAGGAA